AUUUUGGGGGGAGAAUGGGGGGGGGGAAGGUUAAUGCUUUGGGGUCUGUUGGAGCCCGUGCACGGGUGCGCAGUGCCACCUAGCGGGGCGACGGUGGCUCAGCCCUGGGCAUCCCUUGGAGCUCAGGUGGAGCUGCUCCUAGAGAGAUUAUAGGGGAGUAGACGGCUUUGCUGGUGGCGUGCAGUGCUUUCCACUUUAUGUGCUGUGUUUUGUUCUUGUGUCGUUUUCCCCUCUCCUCCUACCGUCUUUUCUAGUUUCUCUGUUUUGUGGCCGAAAUCACAGAGCCUCACUUGCAGAGGGAACAAUCCCUGCAGAGCUUCUAUCAAUCACCAUGACACUCUGAUAGCAGCUGGGAAAUAUGUCUAGUGUGCAACGAGGGCUCCUUUGCACCUUUAGGACUUCUGGAACGUUUAUUUCCUUAUGGUAAAUCAUCCUCCAGGCCAUGGAUGCCCCAUGAGCACGCACCAAUCCCCAACAGCCCCACAUCCCAUUGUGGAUGAGAGGAACGAAUGGGUCUCACUGGUCUGAGUGCUGCAACGGCAAAAAAGGAAGAGUCUUCUGAGCACCCCAACCCUCCUGCAGGCGUUCUGGAAAUCUUUGCUGUCUCUCAGGGGAUCGUUGGAAUCCGAGGAGUUUUCAGCAACAAAUUUCUAGCUAUGUCAAAGAAAGGAAAACUCCACGCAAGUGCACGCUUCACUGCUGAGUGCCAGUUCCGUGAGCGCUUCCAGGAGAACAGCUACAACACCUAUGCCUCGGCUGUGCACCGUGGGCAGCGCUCCGGCCGCCAGUGGUAUGUGGCCCUCAACAAGCGGGGCAAGGCCAAGAGGGGUUGCAGCCCUCGUGCCCGUCCCCAGCAUGUCUCCACACACUUCUUGCCCCGCUUCCGGCAGCCCCCUCCAUCCCAGCUGGCUUUCACCGUCGCCCGCCCUGAGAAGAAGCCGCCACCCCCACCACCACCGCCGCCCAAGAAGAUGGCCACGUCACGGCACAGCCCCGGUCCUGGCCGCUACCGGCUAAAGUUCCGCUUUGGGUAGUGGCUCCUCAGGACACUGAAGGGCUGCUGGGUAGGGUGAUGCUGGGAUGGACGUGGCAAGGACGUCUGUUGGCAGGGUGAUGCUGGGAUGGACGUGGCAAGGACGUCUGUUGGCAGAGAUGGGACCCACAGUUCAGCUGCUGAUAGUAUUUUGCUGUGGAACCUCCGUGGGACCGUGACACCUUCCCUCUCCUGUCCGGAGUUGGCUGAGCAUUGCGUUGUCACAGUGCUAUCGUGACAGUCCUCUGGGCUGAGCAAACCAUGGACCUCUGCGCUCCUCACAUGUCUUCCAUGUGUAUUUGUAUAUAUGAGCAACAAGAUGUAGGACACACCAGAAGUUCACAAAAAAUCUGGACUGUCUGAGGUCAUACAGCUUCUCCUAAGUUUUCCCAGAUGAGUCCCUCUGAGCCAUCUCUCGUUGCAUCCUGAGUUCGCUGUGCUAACAGAACUCUGGCUGCUGCUGGGUGGACAUCUUAUGAACUCGAUCUGAGAGAUGUGAUAUCUUGUGUUAAUUCUUAACAUUGACAGAUACUGAUUUCAGAUUGCAGCCUUCCAUGUUGGAGAGGAGGCCUGCAGGGCAAAUGCACCCCAACACAGCCGUGACACCCAUGAGGUACUCUGUGCUGUCACUGGCUUUAACUUUACAGACACAUUAUUUUGAGUAGAAGAGCUGCUAUCAGAACUAAUAGGAACAAAACAAUGUCUAAAUCAUAAGAAGAAAUCCCACACCACUGCCUCGAUGAAUGUGUGAAGUGGCAUGAAUGUGUUUAUUUCUACCUAGGAGAACCACUGCUGUUCCUUGUAGGAUGUGACUUCCCUCAAUAAGUCCCAUGUGAGCACAGGAGCUGUGCAGAGCUUUAUGUUGCAUUGAACAUUGACAUCAACUUUGAUGCUUACAGAAGCCUUCAUAAUCCAUUAGAGUGCUGGGUGAGAGAAAAACAGUAUACAGCCAGAAGAGAGCUACAAUGUUCACACUGCUUCUGUUUUGGUGUCUUCUAGGUCUGCUCCUGGCAUAUGGCUGCCCCUGAGACACUUGACCAAGUUGUGACUGAGCAUGCUGUUAAAGCUAAGCUUACUUCCUGGGCUUACUGAUGUUAAGUUUCAAUUAGUAGCAUUAAGAUAGCACAAUUCACAACAUUCUUCUGGCUGACACCAUUUUGACCAAUUUCACAAAAUGUUCUCUCAAUUUUUUUCACUGCUCUAUGGUAACUGUUAGGAAAGUGUUACAAAUAAAUAGAGAAUGGAUCAUGGGAAGGAGUUCUGGGUGAUGGGAGCAGCCAUUGGCUUUGGAGGCAUGUCCAAGGAGAAAACAGACUGGCGUGCUGUGAAACACUGCAACUUACUUAAGGGGAAAUCAUCAGUAAACUUUGUUCUUUUGGGUAAGGUUCUAAGUUAGUAUGAAGAUCAAGCAAAGUAACACUGAAGUCACAGCAGUAACUUAAAUUGUAGAACUAUAGAAUCAUUUGAGUUGGGAAGGAUCCUUAAAGGCUGUCUGUCUCAAUUCCCCUGCAAUGAUUAGGGAACCUACAGUGACAUCAGGUGCUCAAGACAUCUCCAGCUUGAGUGUUUCCAGGGAUGGGGCUUCCAACACCUCUCUGUGUAACCUGUGUUAGUGCCUCACCACUCUUCGUAAGUGACAACAUGGGGCUCCUUUGUUGAACCCAAGCAGAUUUCACCAGGCUUUAAGAGCUUUUCUUAGGCACCCAGAGUAAGGUACCACUGAUGAUCAGAAAGUAAUAUGAGAGAUUUUUUAUUUGUUUUUAAGUAUGCAAAACAAAACAAAAAAACAAAAAAAAAAAAAACCAAAAAAAAAACCAACAAAAAAAGCACCCAGAUUUCCUCCACGGGGUUCACAGAAUCACAGAAUUGUAGGGGUUGGAAAGGACCUCUAGAGAUCGAGACCAACCCCCCUGCCAAAGCAGGUUCCCUAAGGUUCCUAAGCAGGUUAUUUUAAAUUUUAAUGGAAAGGGAUGGAAACAGCCUUGUGGAGAAAGUUCCUGUUCUUAUUCUGCACAGGAAUAUUUAUCCUGACUGCUUCCCUUUUGGCUGAGGAGCUCAUGGAGUAAUGCCCUCUAGCUGCCUGGAGUGUGCUUUGUCUGCAGAUCCCAAAGCAGCAGUCACUUUGCUGUGAAGAUUCCUGGAGGAAAUCCACUCUACUCCUCUGUUGGCUGCAGAAGAGAUGUGUUGGCCCUGUGCUGAACCAGAAUGGGGAAGAGGAUUGAGCUGUGCCUAGUGCUAACGGAGCGUGGAUUUGGGGCUGCUGCAGCACCAACUGCUGCUGUAUUCAGUGCUGUCCCAUCAGCUGCUUGCCACAUCCAGUGCUGCUCACUGCUCCCCCCACGCUGCUUUGCCCAGUGAAUGGCUGAAACCUCUUUAUAUCUGCAAGGGCUGCAGAAAGCAAAGGGAAGAGGAGGAAAAAAAGCCCAAGUUUUUGGAGAUGAUGCACUUUGUGCCCUGACAUCAUGUGUGGACUUGCUGAGAAAGAGCAGGGCUCUGGGUGCCACCACUGGCUGCAGAUAACACCAAUGUGGAACUUUGGCAAUGCCAGAAGUCCAAUCCUAGUGUCCUUGAACAUGCCCUGACUGAUGGAUACCAUACCUCCAGCAUGGAGAAAGCAGAGCAGUGCAUGUGAUGCCUGCAGGUCUGGAAGAUGAGACCCCUCCAGGAUGGCUCUUUCUCAGCCCAGUCAGAAGAGCAUUUAUGGAUUUUCUUUGGAUCAAUUGCACUCAGCAAGUUUACAGGUGAAUCCAAGCUGUGUGGUGCAGUUGACAUGCCUGAGGGAGAGAAUGCCAUCCAGAGAGAUAUGGACAGGCUCAAGCAGUGAGCCCAGGGCAACUCUGGACCCAAUGGAGGCCUCAUGGACUUUUCUGCAACUGCUGAUAAGAGUCUCAGAUAUUAAAUGCAAACCAAUUUCUUGAAGUUCCUUGUUGAAAUUAACCAUGGAACUUCUUCCAAGGCUUUGCAGAGCCCAGGCCUUGCAAAUGUAAUAGAGCUACUUCAUCUUUUGUCCCCUGCUAAGCUCCCUCAGAGCCGUUACUGAGCUCCAAUAGCUAUUUUUUCUGUGAUCUUAUGGAAGAGGUAUGGUUAAUCAUAUUUCAAUUUGACAUGCCUCUGUGCUCUCAGUGCUAGCUGGGACCAGAAGGUGACAGCUUUCAUCCUGUAGCUGACAUUCUGCUUUUUGGCUCAGCCAAACUGAAUAAGAACUGGAAAACAUGUGGUGAAAUCCACGGCAGGCGUAUCUCAGAGUUUUUCUCUUCUGCCCCUUUUUAAUAAGCCCAUAAUGCAGAGAUAACAUUCAGACUGACACUGGUAUUGGAACAAUCUCUGGGAGCUGAUUUUUUUUGAAGCUUGCAUGUGUCAAUAUUUCAGGAAUGGAUAAACAGAGCAAACUGAAAAAGCCUUAUGAAUAUUUCAUGGUGGCCAUUUUGGUUCAGGAAAACAGAUUUUUUUUUUUUUUUUAACAUCUUUUUACUCUCACCACAAUUCUUCCCCUCCUCCUCCAUCUCCUCCUUUUGAGUUUUUUAAAUUAGUUCCUUAUUGGGAAGGGGAUGAUGGCCUGUUCCUGACUCUAAACCUAAUAGCAUGAUGGGGACCAGGUCUUUCUCUUCUUCAAUUUCUUAUUACUCGUUCUACUGUGGUAACAGCAACAUCCUUUUCUAACCAUUUAGGAUGAAGCAGCAUUUCUUGGACUAAUGAAGGAAGGAGACAAAUGUCAAUGCUUUAUUGACGGUCCUUGGUUUUGUUUACUUAGCCCUGGAUUGAGUGGGACAGGGCAGAUACCAGUGAGUUUUUGGGCAUUCCACCAACACAAGUAGACAUUUAAAUUAGCUCCAGUUGUUCUUUCUGGGCUUUCACCAAACUUUUGAUGUCUACAUACUCAAAUGAAAAAUAAACAAAAGUCAAUUGAGACUGUAGAGACCAUUUCAGUGAGCAGUCUCUUUCUACUUCCCCCUGUGUGCCUAAUGCUAUUGAAAAUCAGUGUGCCAAGUGGAUGCCUUCAGCACACAACUUUGGAAUCAUUUCCUUUCUUGGGAGUGGGAUUAAGAGACAUUAAAAAGACUAUUGAUACAUGUUUCUGAAACAGAAAAGUAGCUGAACGUAUACCUGACAUACAUUUUUACUGCUAUAGAUUAAUACCUGAGGGCUGUUUGGUUUUCAGUGCUUGAGAGCUGUCCCCCCCCAAGUUGCACACAGUUUCUGGUAGUCCUAAGUGUUCCGUCUUCGAUGUCCUUAACACAAUCUUAAAUGCUUUGUGAAGAGGCCCAGGUGUGUUUGGGUAGCUUUCUAUUCCAGGCAGUGAAUUUGUUACACUAACAGCAAUGUUUUUUCACCUGGCGGUGUGUUGCAAUAAUCAGCGUUCUUUGUUUAAGAAUAAAUUGAGCCUUUUUUUUUUCCUUUAUAAAUUGUGGAUAGUUUGGGGAAAAGUUUUGGAAUAAAUAAAUGAAAUGUGUUUAAGUAGGUGCUGGAAAAUAUUUCCUUUUCAGAGGGGAAGUUUAUUAUUUUAUGAGUAAUCUUCAGGCAAAGGAAACCGGAGUCCAGGAAAUGGAUUUGCCAGUGGAUUCCUGCAGUUCAUAGCCUGCUGUUUCAGAUUUCUUUCAGGCAAGAUAGAUAGUAGAACAAGCACAAACUCUGGUUAAGAUGAGCUAAAUAUGUAGAAAAGAUAAAUAAUUCACAAUGAGUUUGGUAUCUGUUUCCUUUCAGGCAUAACUUUGCCUAAGGUAGGAUGCUCAAAUGUCUGCAUCUUCUUCCAGCUUCCUCCCAUUGAGUGUCACAUGAAUGUGUAUCUUCAAAGAGAUGAAAUUCAGCCCCUCUGUAUCGACUGAAAAACAAAGAAGAUUUCCUCCUCUGAAGUAUAUCAAGGGUUGCAAUUUUUGCAGAACCACAAUGCAGAGCUAAAAUAUCCCUCUGCAGCAAAGUAAGAGGAGAAACAAGUCCACACUGACUGAAUUUUCUUCCUGGCCACCUCCAACACAGCAAAUAGUGAGUUGUGAAAAAGGUACCAAAUCCCCACAAAAUUCACUUGCUAACUUCUAAAGGACAUGUGCUAAUGCUGUCUGCGUGUCUAAGAUUCAGCUGUGGUUAAGCCCCUUUUUAAGCAAACACCACGUUUGGCACUAGCAUGUGGAUUCUUACCUUUAAGCUAGGAACUGACCUUCAACUGAGAAAAUAAAGUACUAGGAUGAGCUAUUAAAAACUUCAACUGAAUUUUGCCUCAUCAUGUUGCUUUCAAUUUCCUUGUCACUAUUGUCCUUUUUUUUUUUUUUUUUUCUUUUUCCUUUUAAUCCAGGUGAGAAUUUUGUUUCAAAAAUAAUUUCUGUAUGGUGAUAAGUUAGGUAUAUGAAAAUCCCAAGCAGCUUUCCCAAUGAAUAGAUGAAGUACUGAAAGGAGUUAAGCCUUUGGGAUUUAGGAUAGAAAUCUUUAUUCUGUGUAAUAUAUAUAUAUAUAUAUAUAUAUGUAUAUAUGUAUAUAUAUGAAUGUGUGCAUGUAUAUAUUUGGAACUGCAUCGCAAAAGAUGAGGUUUUUACCUUGUUAUUUCAACUGCAUCCAUAAUGAUUGCUUCAAUAAUGGGAUCCGCGUGCUAAAAUUGUAUUUUUUGAAAGAUUAUGAUUCACUUUGAAGCUGGAAAAUAAUGGGCUAAGAAUGCCAGAAUUACAUCAGGAUAGCACAUUUGUCAGUCGCUGAGUUGAACAUCCUUCAGAUUGUUAAGGAUGGAGUACUGCUCCAUAGCAGCUCACAAGUUCUUUGCUCUAAAUUGGCUUUAAAUAACAAUUCCAAACUUGCAUGAAAACAGUUAAACAAAUAGAACUGAUUUGGAAAUGGUUGCAACUGUUCCAACUGUACCAUAAUCUGGAGGUCUCACUUCCAAAUGAGAAUCAUCUUCUUGAGGCUCAUCAUUUCAUCUCAGUAGGUAGGGUUGUAAUUUUUUUCCUCUAUAGGCAUCUGUUAAUUUGUCUAUUUUUCUGCACCAGCUGUCCCUUGACUUAUUACUGUCCACUCACAAAACCUCAGUAGAUCAUUUUAUAGCUUUUUAAGGUGUCUGCUCAUCCUUAGACUGAACAAUUUCCCAUCAUCUGUAAGUUUUUUUUCUGAUUGCUCUUUCUGUUUUCCCCAGACUUAGCAGCACACCUCCAGACAUCACUUUGCUGGUGUCCCUUUGUCUAAAAGAUGGAAAAUGAAAUAUAGAAGUGGUCAACUUUCAUAACAUAUAUCCCAGUAAAGGCCUUUUUUUCUUAACUCUACUACUAAUUUGUUUUCUUAUAAAGCCUUCAGUGAUUGGUUUUGAGAAAUCCAAGUAGACCUUGUCCACCAGAUCAUCUCUGUGUGUGCAAACUGACCACUUAAGAGCCCUCUCAAGGUUUGUGUGGCAGGAUUCCUCUUACAGAAGUUGCAUUGACCCUUUUCAAAUAGAUUAGAAAAGAAAGAAUAUGUGGCCAAGUAAAUGAGUAUGUUCCAGCUCUUCACUGGAGAUCUUCACCCUCUUCUCUGUGCUGUGGCACUUGGCUGUAAAUGCUUGCCAUUAGUCAACUUCAUUGCUGUGUCCACAAGUGCUGAUUUUAAAAGAAUAAGAUUUCUAAAAGCACUUUGUGUGUUUCUCUUUGGCUUAGGUAGAUUUUCAGAACUCAGGAAGGUAUGUGUUAACUUGAAAUUUCUUGUGCUUCUCAGCCUGUAGGAGACCUCUCUUUAAAUUCUGUUUUUCCUUUUUUAUUCCCAGGGAGAGCAGCUUAUUAAUAGUUGCCUUUGAUCACUCGUUAUGGAACAGGAGCGUCUGUCUUCAGGCUUAUUGCCAAGCAUCUUACUAGAGGCAACUUUUCUGAUAGCACUCAUGGGACUCAUCUGUUAAAUAAUCACCUAAAUGAGACGAAGAGAAUUUUUAAUACAAAUGAUGUAGGUCUACUGUUUCCAUUUUUAGUUCAUACUUUUCAGUGCAUAGUAGUGUAUGAGAGGAAAAGGAACCUAGAUGCCUUUGUACUUUCCUGCCUCUGGUCUGUAAGUUCACGGGCCCAGUGAGUUCUGUAUCUCCUUUAGUCACAAUGCCAGUGGCAUUGCUGAGGUGUCACUGAGGAUUGCUAAGAUGCUGUCAGAGUGCUGGGUACUUGCAUGGGAAAUAUGUUUGAUUUCAUGAAAUGAGUUGAGCUGCUUUUGGUUGUAUCUUAGAUAACAGUGCUCGCAGAACUGGAAUUCCUGAAUAUGUUGGGAGCUUCCUAAUGCCCAGCGUGAAAAAUAUGCUAGAAACAAUUGACAAAAGUUACUCAGCGAACAGUAUCAAGCUCAAUGCCUAUGCUCUCCAGAGUUGAAGAGCAGUCAGUAAUGAAGUAACCAUCAUUAACACUGCUUCUAUCCUGCCUUAAUGAAGAAUUGCAAAUACUGCAUUUUUGUAGAAAUGCUUUAAGGGAGGCUCAGAGAACUGCUGAUUAGUGACUGUUUGCAUUGGAAUGCAUAUAACUGAUCACAGAAUAAAAACCAAAACAGCUGGAAGAUCACAAUGAGAUGGUUUUGGCAAUGAAAUAAAAGGGUUUGAUUCAUCUCUUGCUGCUCUUUAAACGCACUGCAUAGAGGGAAAGGUAAGAAGUGGUCUGACAAAAAAUACUUAAGCUUUCCAAAUGUCUUCAGCAGUAAUUGUCCACUGGGUUAGUUAAAUAAGUAACUAUCUUGGCAUGCAUCAAAAUAUCUUAUAAACCUUGAGGUGUAAGAGAGCCUUUCAUCUUGGCAGAAGACAAACAGCAUGGUCACUCAGUCCUCUGUCCCCACAUCCAUGUAGAAGCACAUGGCUGUGACUGUGCCUCCUUGUUCAUAAGCUUUGUAGGUAGCCUUCCUUGACUCAGGAGCUAUUGCCCAAGCAGACUGUUCUGAUUAUACAACUGUUUUAUUUUUGCCUUUAUCACUGCAGUUAUUGAAAAGAAAGCUCUUUCAGAGUUAUCCACCUGUGGUACGUUUAGGAAAAAGAUCACAUUUACCAGUUACAUGUUAAUGGAGGAAGGACAAUGUGAGACACAAGGACUACUUGGCCUUUGCAGCUGAAGAGGAUACUGCCUCUUGUACAAUUUGGCUGCUCUGUAUUGAAUUCUAGUCUCACAAACGCCACAUUACAGCAUGGGAAGAGUUUGUAAACUGCUCCAGCUUCCUUUCACAAAGAGUGGAAAGAAACAUCCUAUAAUUAUAUGAUCCAUUUAAGAAGAGCACUCCUGCUACCCAGCUGGAAUCCACUUAGUCACUCUAACCAGCACUUCCCAGGCUGCUGGUGCUUAAUUGCUAACACCCUGUUACAAACAGCCCAGGAAUAAAGGAAAUAUUUUUAAGCUAUCUAAUGUGUAACAUGGCAACACGUGAUUAAAAUUCAAUGCAUUAUCUCUCUUGGUAUUUUAUUACUGCAGGUGCACAGCAGUGACUGAUCAGAGCAGCACUGUGGGCUAUGCUGCAAUUAAUUGGAGCUAUGCUAUUCAUACACCUGUGCUCACAAAAGAUUCUGAGUGUAAAUAGAGGGUGCCGAGGAAAAGAAAGAAGGAACUGACUCAGUGCUGAUGUAGCUAUAAAUAAAUCACUUUCUUAGGGGAAAUACCACAGAAGGGUACAAACACUUCUUAAGUCAACCUGUCUGUCAUUCCAGGUCUGCAGAUGUUGGAGAUGCUUGAAGCAUGGUUACAGAUAGAUCUCAGCAUCAGAGAGUGACUCAGCUCUUCCUCAUUUUAGUAAGUGGGUUUAGUGAAUGAGUUCACAGGCUGCCCAGGGAGGUGGUAGACUCACCGUACCUGAGGGCAUUCAAGAACCAUGGAGAUGUGGCACUGAGGGACUUGGGCAGCAGGCAUGGUGGAGAUGUGUUGGGAUUGGACUUGGUGAUCUUUUCUAAUUUUCAUGAUUCUGUGAUUCUAUUAUCUGCAGUUCUUGGAACAGCUUGUUUAUCUUCAUGACUCAAAUGUGCUGAUGUGGUGUUCCCACACCUAGGGGAAAGCAUGGCACAUUUGGGAAGGGGAUGUGAACAACUUGUUGGAAAAGGAUGCCUGCAGGAAACACUGUGAGACAUUGCUGGCUAAUGUGGGAAGGAUGGAAGCAUUGCGAGUGGCCUUGUGGAUCUUUGCCCUUUGUACAGAGUUUCAGACCUUCAGUGUGUUUUCUUACCUGAUUUUGUGUACCUUUCACAACAUUUUACCUGUGUGGUUUUUUUUUACUUAGGAAAUCACAGAGGGUAUACCACAUCAAAGGCUGGAGUGAUUUUAACAGAAAUUGGAGAGUUGUCUAUUGGGGAAUCAUAUCUGUAUGUUGUCAGUGUAAAAGCAUGAAGGUGUGGGGUUAUUAUUUGCAAAUAGAUUGAAGGAUAUUUGGUUUUGACUGGUUCCUUUAUCAUUGUUAAAAUUAAUUAAAAUACUUCAGAAAAAAAAAUAGAUCUUAUAGGGUUUAUUUUUUUUUUUUUUAUUUUCUCACUGAAACCUGUUCUGGAAGUGAUCUCAUUGCUUUAGUAUUCUUCUCAUUACAUCAUGGAACACAGACUUGCUUGUUUCAUUGUCCAAAGAAGCCAGCACAUCCAAAUCAUGUGAAUUACAGAAAUAUUUCAGGCAGUUUUUCCUUGUUUGGUUUGUGUUCAUUUGUUUAAAAAAAAAAAAAGGAAAAAAAAAACCCAAAAAACCAACAACAAAUCCCACAAGACCACAAAGCUUUUAUCUAUGAGCUUUAUCAUUUUUGUUUUUUAUUUGAGCCACAGCAUUAAAUAAUGACAUAAAGCCUCUAAGAAAUAGUGUUAAAUAGAUUUUACCCUCCUUUAUUGAGCUCUUCAGCUCCUUUUUGGUUUAUUUAUUGCUGUACUGAUAUUGUGCCACAAGUACAGCUGACAAUUGUCUGUGCAUCUGUGUUUUAUUCUUAGGCACAACCAUACUCUGCUUGGACAGACUUUGCACCCAAAGCCAGGAAGCUGCUUUGAAGCUGCACUUUAUUUUAUAGGUAUAGUGAGUGAUAUUCUCUGUUCAUGCCAAAAUCUCGAUGUGUUGUGAUUUGAUAGCACUGUGAUAGGGAAAUAGCAGUAGGUGCAAAGUCCUGGAAAGAGUUGUAGAAAGUGGAAUGUAAGGAAAGAAUAGGAAUAAGAAUAUGUACCAAAGUGAACUGUGAUAGGCAUCAAUGCAGGAAUAAAUACUUUUUACUGAAACUUUCGUAUCUAGCAUUUGGAAAGUCUUAGCUAUGUCUUCAGUGGAUUUCCUUUUGUUGGCCUUUGCUUUUCUAUGAUAAUGUAAUUAUUUUAAGAUAAAGCAGUAAAUAAUGCUCUUUCCCAGUUUGGUUGUGUAGUGCCUUUUGAAACGCUCAUGUACUUGUUUGUAUUUAUUUUAUUUUAUUUUAUUUUAUUUUAUUUUAUUUUAUUUUAUUUUAUUUUAUUUUAUUUUAUUUUUCAAAUGACUCUUCCUAUUGGUGUCAAUGGUGGCAGCCAAUUCUUCACAAGGAUUCCUCGGUAGGAUGUGUGAAAAUUUUGUUUUCUAAAUGUAUAUAAAGCUGAAUCACCAGAAUCUCUACAUUCUCCCCUAAAAAUCUUUCCCAUGAGGAUCAUCAAUACAUUUAUUUACUUUAAUCAUGUCGUCAGAUGAAUCACCUUUUAAAAGCAAACACUUGCAGUAGAUUUCUGCCAAGUUUUUUACACAUCUCUUUCAGCAUGGUAACUCAGGCGUUUGUGAGAGUCUGUGGCUUCAGAUAAAGUUUGUAGACAUGGCUGUGUCCUUGUGCUGCAGAUAACUUGUUCUCAGGUGGAUCUGUAGAGUUGAGUGCCUAGGAAAGCCUGAGGGGAUACUGAGAAAUGUUAAUACUUCCAAAACCUUUUUUGGUACAAAAAGGGCUCUGCAUAUAUUUCUAAGAACAUGAUGACGAGUUUUGUCAUCUCUUCCUACUUUUUUCCUAACUACGGAUUCUGAACUUCAUGUCCUGACAAACUAUUAAUGGAUUUGGUUUGAAUUACUUUCCAGGGUAUGUCUUGUUAGUGUUUUCCAUUGUUUUUCUCCUUUGAGAAUGUUGGCUCAUUCUGUUUAAUAGAAAGAAAGUAUUCCUUUUGUAAUUUAAAGAUUCUAAUUUAAAUAAGAACAUAUAAAGAAGAGCUUAAUGUCAUAAGCAGGGUUGAAAAGAGGUAGCAGAUAUUAUCUUGAAAUAACUUUCUUUGCAUUUGAACACUGAAAACACCGCUUGAGUACUUGCUUGGUACUUGCAAUUGGUUUGAAGGUUGAAUAGGAACAGCAAUAUCAAACUCUCCCAUCCCCUCUCCUAACUGGAAAGAUAGAAGGAAAGAAACAGAUUUUUAUUUUCCUAAAUGAAAUCAAAUAUUGCACUUGAACUGAGGCAAAAUCUUUGGUCCAUAGGGGAUGCCUGUAAGCUGAAGUGCUUGAAGGACAUCAUCUCACAGGGGUAUCUCACUUGUAUUCUGUGGUUUGCAUUGAAAACUUCAUCAUUUCCAUGCAGUUAUUAAGAUGUAGAGCAGUUCUCUUGUUAAAUCAGUUCUUCUACCAGAAGAGCUUUGUGCUCAGACUCAGAAUGAAAGAUUGGCUUCAAAUAUGAUAACCCACCAGACUAGAGGGCUGUCAUUUUAUUUCAUGAAUACAUUCUAUUUGCAACUUGAAAUGGAAAAAGGCUUUGUUUUUUCUUGAUUUCUGAGUUGUUCUUAUGUCAAUAGGCACUAUAAUUGUUUGUUCAAAAAGGUUAAAGGAGAUCUUCCAUGUCGGAGUUUGAAACAUUUAAGAUUAAAACCAACAAGUCUGAGGGCCCAUCUACAGAACCUAGGUCCUUCUUAUCUGUUCUCAAGAACAGUUUCCAUAUCCCUACAUUGAGGCUAGAGAGCUAUGAAAGUGAGAUACAGAAAUGUACUGUCAGAAUUAAGAAAGUGGUAGUGGUAAAGACAAAGGUUUGUGGAAAUAAUGAAUAUGUGAUGCCAAGAACUUUGUUAUUUGCCUUUAGUUGGGAGAAAGCCAUGCAAAAUGGACUUGAACUUAUUCAGGGUAACUGAAUAACUGGAGUACAAGGAUGCUUGGUGAUUUCAAAGAAAUAAAGCAAUACUGCUUGACAAACUGUAUUCAUGGAAUGAAUAGCAAGUUCUGCAUAGUUUCUUUCAUCUGUCUUCCUAAAGUUCAGUUGUACUGACGCAAGAUAAGUUUUGGUCUUUCAUGUUUUCAGAAUCAUGAUAUUUCCUGAAUUCUGACAUUGUGUUACCCAACCUUUCUUGAUUAACCCUUGAGCAAUGGGAAGCUGGAGGUUUUACAAACAUGGACUGCAGUGAGCUAAAUAUCAAAUGGCUUCAAAAUUGGAACUGGCCACUUUACACUCUAAUUAAUGCAUGUGGUUUGUUAGUCUUUUCCAGCUUCAAAUUCUGACCCCACUCAAGUCUUAGCCUCGCAUGGAAGACUUGAUGAGAAACUGCUCUCAUUUACUGAGGUGUGAAUCAUUGUGCUGAAGCCUUGUACUGUGAAGAAGAUUUUGUAUUGCUUGUGUCAAUUUGUGCCAAAUGCCUGUAAAGAUCUGAGUGUGUAUGACUCAAAGAGAGAAACAAUAUAAUUCACUGGAUCAACACUCUUGCAGAGAGGAGGGAAAAAUUUCAAGCUAACACCUCAGUUUGGCUAAUAAAAAGCAUUACUUUUACCGGAAAAAAAAAAAAAAAACAAAACAUCAAAACAAAGGAAAAGUGAUGAUCACUGUAGAUUUUUAGCUCUUUGAUUUUGUUUUGGUUUCUUUUCUUCAAGAAACUGCAGUUUCAGGGGAAAAAAUGUACUUUGUUUAUUGCUAUUUCAGUGACAUUUUCAUAAGAUAAAAAAGAAAAAACUCAGAACUACUGUUGCAUUUCUUGUUGAGUUGACAGAUUUCGGGUCCUCCUAUGGGGAGGAGGUGUUCUUUGAAAGAAAUAAGUGCACACCGUGUUAUCAUGGUCCAAAGGUGUUUUUGUGUCAGCUGGCAUUUUGCAUUUCGAGAGCUGCAAAUGUGAUAGAUUCAGUAAAGUUCAUCUUCUUCUAGCAUAGAGUCAAAGGUUCAUCUUUGAGGCAUUUGAAAAAGUGCUUCUUCUGAGCUGUAGCUGUUUUUCCAUUCCUGUGGAAUCUGUUGACAUUCUAAAGCAUGCAUGUUAUUCAGACAGAAAAUGUUAGACAACUUCCUUUUUCUGGGGCUGCAAGAUGUCAAAGAUAGAGGAUUAAAAACUAUCUGGGGAGGAGUCUUCCAUAUGAACAGCAGAACAGCUUUCUUGUUUGGUGUAUAUUUUGAAAGGACGUGUGGGUUUUUGAAAACCAGAAGUUUAGGCACACUGGCAAUACUGGGGAAGAAUGAAAGGGCUGCACUCAGAACACUGGGAGGGAGGGGAAACAAACAAACAAAAAAAAAAACAGAACCCAGAACCAACAAAUAUCCCCACCUCUAACCACCAGCUGGAGGUCUGCCAAUUCUGUGUGCAUGGGUAACAAAUUUACUCAUUUUACUUUUUCAGAUAUAGUCAGAAGAAAUUGAAGGAGCACAAAAUGCGUGUGAAAUACUGAUAGAAUAAUGCAUUUAGGUAACUUUUAAUAAAAAACCUUAGUUUGGCUUCAGAGAAAAAUUCUUGCUUGUGUGAUGU